AUGACCUCUACGGUUGAUGACAGAUUGAGCUCAAUAUCAGGAACUAGUUUCAGAUUCCCUCCUCCCAUCUCAUCCAACAAUGCUGCUCUCGCCACCUCUUCGACUUCUCUCUCUUCUGGUCGUAAUACAGACAUGAGUGGCUCUGAGUUAUCAGCCAUCGAAAAACUCAGAAACAAGGUCAUGAUAUUCCUGUUUUUCAUACAAGACAACGAUAUUAGGGAAGGAUGGAGAGACUAUUUGUUGUUUUUUAUAUUUCAUAUCUAUUUGAUGUGGGUUUCCAUGUUCUUACCAAACUUGGGACUUGAAAUGAGAUAUGGUGAAUGGGGUUCAUGGAUCUUUACCAUUCUCAAUUAUCCAAUGACAUUCUCGAUGGAACGAUUACCUUAUUAUGGAGCUUUGGGACUCUCUAUCGUGGCCAUUGUAUUUCUAUUGGGAUAUAUUCUUUUGAUCGUUUGGAGUAGUUAUGCUUUCAAAACAACUUCUCAGUACUUGAAUGGUACAAAACGAGCAGUGUCGAUCGCCUCCAAACUCAUGCUCGCUUUUUCUAUUCCUUCGAUCUAUGUGAUAUCGAGUUUUAUCGAUUGUACAAUAAGCACCACACCAAUACUGAAUCGAUUCUAUCAAUAUUCAAAUGCUAGUAUUGCAUGUUUUGGAUCUCAAAAUAUUGCUCUCUAUGCAAUGUCUAUCAUUGUGAUUGUACUUUUCAUGUUAUGUAGUGCUUUUGCGAGCAUGAUUGUCACCAAUAGCCAUCCUCACAAUACGGUACCUUUUGUGGCUGAUCACCCUCUUUUUAUUUGUGUCAUGCUUCUUUAUAAUCAGUCACAAAUAUUGAUUCAUUUUGUGAUUCCAUCCGAGUACUCAUUUGUGAGAAGUGUCGUUCAUUUGGUGAGUGCUUUUGGCAUGUGUGUGGUGCUGUUUAAAUCAUUACCAUUUUUGAGGAGAUUUGAAAACUCAAUCAUGUUUGGAAUUCUUGUUUCAAGUUGUGCCUCUAGCAUUGGGUCAUUGAUUUCCUCUCUCAUCAACAAGUCUGUGAUUGUUCAACUUCAAAUUCCAGUGAAUGAGUUUGGCAUUGGUUUGAGUGGUUUGACAUUGGUUUUAAUUUUAAUUGGAUUUUUAGUGGGAACUGUUCUAUUGGAAGUGUAUACGAGAUUUAUUGUUCAAAGUGUGAGAUCUUUUGUUUUGGAAAGUGGUAAAUCUGAUCACGUAUAUGCAGAAGGGAACCAUACGGAACAAAGCGUUCUCGAUCAUCAUCAAUCCAUCGAAAAGUCCAUCGAGAAGGAAUCAUUGGCAAUUUAUAAUGAUUUUGUAAGCUCCAAAAACUUGCACAAAUUGAUACUGUUUUUAAAGUUCAGCAUGAAGCCAUCGUUUUUGGAUCGAGAGGCGGUUGUAUCGAACAUUAACAUUGCUCUAUCAUUAAUUAAGGGAUUUUCACAGAGUAACCAAUUAGACACAGAAAUUUUACUCCUCUCUUCGGCCAUCAUUGCCAACUUUUUACCUCAAGAAAUCAACGCUGUGCCAUUCGCACAUGCACUUUUGAAAAAGGCAUGGAAAAAGUCUCCUAGCUUUUAUCAAAAGUUUCUUAUUAACUUUAAGAAUAGGGAGUUGAAUGCAAUGGCUUCUCAAGACUCCAAAAACUCUGUAAAUGCCAUCGAAGUAUUAUCACAUUUAUCGAAAAAUCAAGAAGAAAUGAAAUGUAUUCACAAAGCAAUUUGGAAAGAACUCAUGCAAGAGACUGUGAAUUACUCCAAAAUUGAAUCUCUUAUUCUCAGAUCCGCAAGUUUAACACAUGAAUGUGAUCAAAAGUUCAAGAGUUUAUUAUCGAUUUCUAAGAGUGACAAGACUGUCCUACGAUGCUUUGCAAACUAUAUUGAAGUUUUCAAGUUCAACAAAGAAUUAGCUCAAGAGUUAUAUAGCGAAGCUACUGCAUUAGAGGAGGAUGAAUCAAAAAGAAAUCGAGCUCACUACUCGAAAUUCAAGAAAAUGACAAAUAGAGUUCUUCCAGUUCAAAUUAAUCCAACUUGGAAUGAAGGCUCUGUGAAUAAUGAUCUAAAUGAUUCCAAUAUUGAAUUUGAAGAUUCCAAGAUUGACAAUGCGUUUGAAGGAAUCGAAGAAGAUAGCGAACUAAGAAAGGAAUCUGUGUUUAGAAACGUUUUGACAGUGACACACAAACACCUCUCUUUGUUGACCAUGUUUUCUGUAUUUAUUACAUUAUCUCUGAUUGUAUUGGCUUCAACUCUGAUAAUGGGUAUUGUAUUUUCAAACUCUGUUACUGAUACUGUAUUGAAUGUGAAUAUGGCCUGCAAUCCAUUGACCUCAUCGAUCCAAAUAACCGCUGGAAUUCGAUCCUUACAAUCCAUGAUUUAUCUUUCCAAUAUGAAUGAACUAAAUUCUACUGUCAUGAACAGGUUUGGAUUGAAUUCAUUAGAGAGUUACUUGCAACGAGAAAAAUUGGAAAUGAAAAAACAUUUGAAUCUUAUCAAGAAAAUUACAGAACUUGCUCAAACCGCAGAAUUUUCAAUGGACAUGUAUUCGGAAUUUCAUGAAGUAUUUUACCCAAUAUUAUUACCUGUUUCACCAUCUGGAACUUCCGUUUUUAACGACACUAAAUUGGUAAAUUUAACAAUUGCAGACAUUACAAAUAUCAUGACCACCUAUGCUGAAGAAGUGAUCGAUUUCAAUCAAGACGAUUUUUCAAAAACAUUUACAAGCUAUCCGUUUAUGGUUUUGUUCUUAAACGCUGACUAUGUGACUUCCGCCUAUUCUGACUUUUGUUUCAAAUUUAUUGAACAAUCAAAAUCGAGUGUGAGGCAGACAUCCAAUAUUUUCAUCAUCUAUUAUUGCUUAUGUGUUGCAAUUUACUUUUCAUAUACUUUGGUGUUUGUGAUUUUCUCACGAGUUGAUCUCUCUUUCCUCAAGAGAAUUUUGAACCUCAUUGAAAAGAAUGUUUCCAAGAAUGAAUCAGGGAAAAUAUAUCACAACCUUUGUAACAGCUACACAGUGAGCGAAGAGACAAGUAUUCGUCCUCACAAAAAUUCCUUCUUUUAUCCAAGGAAUAUAAUAGUUCUACUGACCUGUCUCGUGGCAAUUAUUGUAGCCAUUUGUGCUGGAUUAUUCCUUAAUCAAGCACUAGGCAAUGCUCAAUAUAGUUUUGAAUCCUAUGUCACAAUGAGAGAUGCCUAUAUUUCUCUAGAACAUGCGGAAUUUAUAACCUUCUAUGUUAUUGAGGAAUAUUCUCACUCAGCCUUUGAAAAUACGACUUUCUUUAAUGAUCCUCCACUUGUGACUAAAGAUUUUUUGGACCAUGUGUAUUCGAAUAUUAGUAGUCGAGUGGCUAAAUUAAGAUUCUCUUGGAAUAUGUGCAUAUAUGGCUCUAAUUAUUAUCCUGAUGAAACACUUGUCAUUGGGUUGUUUGAAACUACCGAUCACAUGAUUCGUGGAGAUGCGAACUGUACUCUCGACAAGAUGAUCAAUGGUGGCAACUGUUCGAUUGGUAUUAACAACAUGAUUACUCUUUAUUUAACAAACUCUAUUGAGCUAGCUGAGCAAAUGGAUAUGACUCCAAUCGAUCGAAACAAUUUGUUGACCAAGUUUUUAUCGACUCGAUAUCUCUCACUUCAUGUCACGGAUGCAUUACUUGAUUUUUCAAAAGUAUUCGCUCAAGCAGCUUCUUUACCUUCGAACACGUUCAUCAUUAUCUUUUCCAUCGUUGGUUUUAUUUCACUCUUUUCCAUUUCCUUUUUCAUGUAUUUAUCGAUGAAAAAACACUUCCUUUCAGUUCAAGAGUUGCGAAUGUUAUUCAACUAUUUGCCUGUGGAAAUUAUGGACUCUAAUGAAAAUCUCAAGAGUUAUAUUGUACAUCAUCAUUUACCCGAUACAUUUUCAGCAUCAUCAACAAUUUUACAACGCAGAAAAUCAUCAAAUUCUGAAGGUGAUGCCAAAGUGAGAAAUAUUCUCAAUGCAUGCUAUGACGGGACAGUCAUGUGUAAUCAUAAUGCUGAUAUUGAAAUAUUCAACCCAGCUGCACAAAAAAUGUUUGGAUAUAAUCAAACAGAGUCUGUCGGUAGACCUCUCUAUCAAUUAUUUGACAAGAGUGAACAAUCAAUAGUUAAAUCACUCGUAGAAGAAAUGAUGAUUCAUGCAGGACGAGGUGAAAGUAAGGGAGAAUCUAUCGAAGUGGAAUGCAUGAGAAAAAAUCAGACAACUUUCCCUUCACGACUGAAUGUAUUUGUGACCUUGCAUGAUUCUCAACCUAUUGUGACUUGUUUUAUUAAGGAUAUUACCAGUGAAAAGAAGCACAAUUCAUUGUUGGCUCAAGAAAAGAAGCACAGUGAAGAAUUAUUGUUGAAUAUUCUUCCUAGUGCUGUUGCAAGCAAACUCAAAUCUGGAGAGACAUAUAUUGCAGAAAAGUUUAGUGAUGUCACCUGUUUCUUUAGUGACAUGGUCGGUUUUACAAAAUGGAGUAGUUCAGCUCAACCCACUGAACUAUUGAACAUGUUGAAUGAAAUUGUGAAUGGAUUUGACGAUAUUGUCGAAAAAUAUAAUUUAGAAAAAAUCAAAACGAUUGGAGAUUCUUAUUUCUGUGUUGGUGGAUUAUUUGGAGCAAAUGCUCAAUCCGAUCACCCAGAACGAGUUCUUCGAUUUGCAAUUGAAACGUUCAAUGUCAUUCACAUAUACAAUUCUAAAACUCCAAAACCACCGUCUGAACAAAUCAACAUUAGAAUUGGAAUUAAUACUGGAAGUGUCGUGGCAGGAGUGAUUGGAAAGAAGAAGUUUGCCUAUGACUUGUGGGGAGACACCAUUAAUGUCGCUUCCCGAAUGGAAUCUGCCUCAUUGCCAGGAAGAAUACAAUUAUCACGAUCGAGCUAUGAGAGAGUGUAUGACAUUGUUGGUUUUUCCUUCGAAGAACGUCUGAUUAACGUGAAAGGAAAAGGCGAAUGUGUAGCCUAUUUAUUGGAUGAGAAACAUCACAUCAAUCCAAUCAUUUACUUGGCACCAUCUCUGACUGAUAUUUUAUGCAACAGUUCAGUAGAAAAGCAAUCCUCUGAAUCGAGUAUUGAAGUCUAUAAAACAAUUGUGGAAGAAAAAGGAAGUUGUGCAGAAUUCUAUCAACAACAACUCUGA